AUGGAGCGGCGGGAGAUGAAGAGGCCUAUUAGGGACGAAUCAGCUGAAGAAGAACAAAGGCAGCCGGCGCAGAGUACUCAGAGUCAGAGUCAGAGUCAGAGUUCACAGAGCUCAUCGCUUCCCAGCAGUCUCAUCAGACAUCUCCGUUCGCGGCCCCAAUCUCCCGGAGGCAGCAUCUCGAGCGCUACCGCUACGGAUCCGCCGCUUUCUUCCGCUGUCGACAGUGCGGAUGAGGGCGAGCACGAGCACGAGCACGAACGCGACAUUGGAACAAACGAACAGAACGACGGAUACGAGGACCGCGACGAUAGCUACAACGACAACGACGACGACGACGAAAGAGAGGACGGGGCGGAGCGUGGACAUCGACGCCGACACCGACACCGACACGAACUUGUAAUUGACCGCACACGGUUCGAGCGAUCGCCACCCGCCGCCUCGGCGGGCGUGCCAGUGCCACUCGUCCCUUCAAUUCGAGCAGCAGCACCGGUGGUCCCAGUCCCACCUCCGCCAGACUAUAAUACAUUCCCUGCAGCAGGCCCCUCCCGCUCCCGUCCCGUUUCUUUUUCUUCCUCUCCUCUCAUGUCCGCCUUUCCUCUCCGUCCCAUUGUUUCCCCGCCCGUGACGACUUCUUCCCCGAUUUAUUCACAAGAGAGAGAUACGGAUAGAGAGACGGACACGACAAGGCGCAUAGACGCAGACGCGCCUGAUACAGCGGCGGUAGACUUGGCGGGAGUAGAAGCGCACGAACACGAACGUCCUCCUCUUCCUCUUCCUCAUUCUCUGCCUCCUCUUCCCGCCAGCUCCAGCACCAGUACCGAACGCGUCCGUCCCGGAACCCCCCCUUCUUCCGCCAUGCCACACCAUCUGCCUCCGCAUCUCCACGCUGCUCACUCUUCCAUUUCCUCCUCUUCUUCGCAUCAUCAUCAUCAUCAAUUGAAUCCGCCCCUGCUUCCUCCGCAUUCAGUCAGACAACAACAUAAUCCGCCUUGGACAGGAGACGUCAUCCCGAACCAGAAUCCAAACACGAAUCCGAAUCCGAAUCCGAAUCAGUACGCUUACCCGUAUACUUUCCCGCCGCCCACGCCGCGUUACUCGCAGACCGCCCAACAUCCCGCCCAUUCGCAGCUUCCCCCGCCGCCUCCACCUCCACCACCACCACCUCCGCCGCAUCCACAUUCAGCUUCGAGUUACUGGUCCGACGUCGAUCCCCACGCACACAGCAGCGGCGGUCCUUCGUCCUGGCCACCUCAACCGCAAGCCUCGAGCAGUCGUUUCGUGCCCGAGUGGCGUGAGCCUCAUUCGCUCGGUGGUAUAGGAGGAGGAACAGGAAUAGGAAUAGGAACAGGAAGUGGAAUAGGAGGAAGUGGAAGUGGAAGUGGAGGAAUAGGAAGUGGAGGAAUAGGAAGUGGAAGGAUGAUGAGCGAGGAGGCGUGGCGGAGUAUGCAGCAGUGGGAGGAAUAUGAUUCGAGGAUUGGGAGGGCGGAGAGUUUUAGUAGGGGCGAGGCGUGGAGUCAUCAUCAUCAGCAGCAGCAACAACGAGAACAGUUACAGCAACGAGAACGAGAACAAUUGCAACAAAGGGAACUUCAGCAGAGAGAGAGGGAGAGGGAACUGAGGGAGAGGGAACAGGAGAGAUAUGGGAGGGUUGGGGAUCGGAGGGGGAGUUUUGGGGAGUGGGGGAUGUCUGGCGGGGUUGGGGCGGGGUCUGGGUCUGGGGCUGGGUUCGGUGAAUUACCUCCCUACGCAACAUACCCCCACACCCGUCCUCACUCCCUCCAACCUCCCCCCAUCCAACGCGGAAUACCAUACGACUACGCACGCUACCAAGCCUCCCUAUCCGCAUAUCCCGACCUUCCCCCUCCCCCUCCUCCUCCCCCUCCUCCCCUUCCCCUCCCCUCCUCGUCGUCUUCUUCUUCGUCCCUCGCACAUGGGAUGCAUGAUCCGCGUUCGGCGGGGUUGAGCAGUUCGGCACCGCCAGGGCCGGGUGGGAGUCAUUAUUUUGCGUAUAUGCAGCAGCAACAACAACACCUUCAGCAACAACAGCAGCAGCAGCAGCAACAGCGCGCGGGAUCGGGAGGAAUGGGCGAUCCGUACGCGUUCGGUCCGUAUUCGUCUGCACAGUUCGGGCCUGGACCUGGGCAGGCUGAGAGGGAGAGAGAGAUGUAUAGAGAGUAUAGAGGACGGAUGAUGUCCGGGGAGGAUGAUUAUCUCAGAGGAGGAGGAGGAGCGGGAGGAGGAGCAGGACGGGGUGGGUAUAAUGAUGAUGUGAUGUUCGUGGAGGGGUCUUCGACGGGUUUUCAGGCCGGGUCUUAUCAUGCACAUGGACAGAGGCGCGGACAUGGACAACGUGCGUCGGCGGGAUCGGAUUUGGAAAUGGGGAGUGAGGGGGAGAGGGAGAGGAAGCCUGUUAUUUCGAGAGGGUCGGGUUCAGGUGGGGGAGGAGGAGGAGGAGGAGGUGGGAAGAAGACGAAACGGAAGAGGCCCGAAAACUACGCUGCAGCGGCGACAGACCAACCUGCACCUCCUGCGUCCGUCACGAACAGGCGGGGGCCGGGGAAAGCGCCGAAGGGGACGAGGAGGAGGGGGGUCAGUUCGGGGGCUGGGUCUGGGGUGGGGGGUGGGGAGGGCGGUGGGGAGGGUGGGAGGGGAGAGGAGGGGAGAGGAGGGAGUGUGCAGGGACGGAUGGGAGGGGAGUACGUUGGGAUGCACUUUCAGGGUGGCGGUGGCGCGCCCAGUCUCGGAUCAGGAUCAGGAUCAGGGCAUGAACAAUAUCCGUAUCCGUAUCCGCAUUCGGGACGAACGUACGCGCAGGAGACACAGGGACAGGGACGAAGAGGGGGAGGAGGAGGACCCCCGUUCGCGUUUGGACCUCGGUCGGCUUCUGCUUCUGCUGCUAGCGGACCUUCUUAUGGCUAUGCGCACGACAACGGAGGGGAGGGCGAACGUGGGUAUGGAUAUGGGGAAGGGGAUGGAGAAGCGGAAAGAGGGAGAGAGGGGCAGGGACGGGGACGGGGAGGGGGACGAGAACAGGAACGCGGAGGAGGAGGAAGAGGGAUGCAGGAACGGGGACGGGGACGGAGGGUUGGCUCGGGGGUGAGUGUUCCGGGGGGAUCGGGGCGUGGGAGAGAGAUGUCGGAGGAGGAUUAUGACGACGAUGAUGAUGGUGAUGAGGAUAGUCAGGGAGAGGAGGAAGCUGAGGAGAGCGAGGAGGAGGGUCGGGGGAGGAGUGGGCGACGGAGGGGACAGGGACAGGGUAAGGGCAAGGAGAGGGCUGAGGAUGCGGAAGAGGGCGAUGAUGGGGAGUGA